CAUCGCAAGGAGGAAAUAGGCGAGGGGGUGCGUGUGUCUGGAAGAGGAGGAGAUUCUCUAGUGGUGGCUAAAUAUAGGGAAAGUGAGGGCUAGGGAUGAGGUUUGAUUAUCCAUAAGUUUGAUUGUAACUGUCUCUUUGGCUAGUUGAGGGACGUAUUUAUAAAUGACAGAAAUUAAAUGUUUUUAAUAUUUUAUUUUUGCUAGAUAUAAGCAAAAUAUAAUGGGCAGACUGGCCACAUAGCGGCUGGCUCAAAGCACGGAGCGACACUAUCUUUCCGGAAGCAGGAAUUGAAAACAUGAUGAUCUGAUUUAAUACCAUGUAGUUACUAAUGUAUAGAUAAAUAUAUGUUUUGACUAUAACAAACUAUGUAUGAUAGCUACUGAACAGAAAAUAGUUUGCGAUUAGAUAUAACCUAUAGGAUCUAAGAAACAUCGCUUUAGUUUACGGGAGGAGUGACAAGGACCGGAGUGAGGGAGAAAGAAACUGGAGGAAUUGAAAUUAAAACAACACAAGGACACCACACUGCAGACGCCUUCAUUUUAUGUUUUUGCAUAAUAGCUCACCAGCCAGUGUGGCGAAGUGUGUUUAUUGAACUCCUUCUGAGCAUUGCUCAAAAGUGCGCCGAAAAGAAAACCGCUAGCCGUUCUCCAACGCUUUCAGAGAAAUGGGCUCGGAGCCACCCUUGUCUCCACAGGUGGUGGAGGAGGGAGGAGAGGAAGAUGAGGAGGAGCUGAGUGGAGGAGAGGAGUCAGACCUGAUGACCCUCUCGGGGCGUGGUUCCCUGCUGACGAGGAGAGGCAUCACUCUGAGAGUGCUGCUGAAGGACAGCCUUGUGGAGCCUGGGGAUGGAGUUCUGUCCAUACACUACCUGGGUAAAAAGUUUGUAGGCGACCUGUUUAAUGAUGGGAAGAUCCGCUGGGUGGAGACGGGGCAGACCUUCAACUCUCCCAGUGCCUGGGCCACACACUGCAAGCGCCUGGUCAACCCUGCUAAGAAGUCGGGCUGUGGGUGGGCCUCAGUGCGCUACCGGGGCCAAAAACUAGUGCAGUACAAGACCAGCUGGCUGCAGAAGUACCAGCCCAGCGCAGACAUGAGCUUGGUGAGCGAGGUAGAAGAUGACGAGAUGAGAGAUGAGGAGGAGGAAGAGGGAAAGACACCAUUGCCGACAGAUGACAAGAACAGGAAGAACAAACUUGAGCUGCAUGAUAUCAGCCUUGUGCCCAAGAGAGGAGAGAGAGAGAUAAUCCCUGUCAGAUACUGCACUCUGGGUACCAGGGAUGCUGCAAGGGAUCCACACACAUUGGUGGAGUUAUCAGCUUUCUCAGCCAUCAACAGAUUCCAGCCUUUCAAUGUGGCUGUAUCCAGCAACGUGAUGCUUCUCAUGGAUUUCCACUGUCACCUGACCACCAGUGAGGUGGUGGGCUACCUCGGAGGACGAUGGGACACUAACACACAACUUCUGACAGUUUUAAGAGCAUUUCCCUGUCGCACACGAUUGGCAGACAGAGAUUCGGCCUCUGCUGUUGAGGAAGAGAUCUGCCAGAAUCUGUUCAUACAAGGUCUGUCAUUAGUGGGCUGGUACCACAGUCAUCCUCGGGGCCCCGCCCUGCCGUCCCUGCAGGACAUCGACUCCCAGAUGGACCACCAGCUCAGGCUCCAGGGGAGCAGCAAUGGCUUCCAGCCCUGCCUGGGCAUCAUCUGUGGGCCCUAUUACCAUGGGAACCAGGGUGUGGCAUCCACUAUAACGCCGUUCUGGGUAGUGCCACCUCCUGAGCAAAGGCCCAAUGACUAUGGCAUCCCUGUGGUGGUGGAGGUGACCUAUGUACAAGAUAACUUCCUGACCAGUGACAUCCUGAAUGAGAUGAUGCUGCUGGUGGACUUCUACAGGGCAGCUCCUGACCUGGUGCAGUUCCAUCAGUUCUGGUGUCCUGAUCGCACCAUGAUGGACAAAAUCAAGGGCUCUCUGAGCGGCCACACACCCAAAAACCAGGCCUACUCUCAGAUCCUGGAGCAUGUCUACAACCAACUCAUCAACACACACUGAGGUGGAAGAGAAACAAGUUUGUGUAUAAUGCACUGGCCUCAAAUGAAAAUCUCAAAAUUACACCCUAUUCCCCAUAUACUGUAGUGCACUACUUUUGUAGGUCUCUAUAUAGGGAAUAGGCUCUACACAGAGAAUAGGUUGUCAUUUCUGCCCUUUGUCUGUGGUGUUACAACUGCUGUCCUGGCCUCAGACGUACUGUCAGCUGAAUGUGCACUGCCCUGAAGGAGGAGAUGGUGACUCCAGAGUCCGGAGGGCGAGUGUACUGCUCUCCAUGGCCUUUUCUGACUGUGAGGUCUGUAUCACUGACAAUGUUUGUACAGUACAACAUUAUGAUUUGUGUGCUGUGAAUGUGUCCCCUAGCGUCUGCUGCCAGUGCUUGGUGUCAGACUGUUUUUACAGAAGUCGACAUGGAAAUGAGGAUCUUCCUCUUCUCUAUUACCUGUGAUAUAUUUAUUGAAACUGUGGUCUGUGACAUGUGGAAGUACUGAUAUGAGAACAAUGCCUUGAACCUGCUGAGUACACCAGAACAAGAUGGCGCUGACAGACAUGUCAGCUCUGCUUCUAGCUCCUAAGCAACUUUACAGCACAAGCAUUUCCCUACACCCGCAAUAACAUCUGCUAAA